CUCAAGUGCCGUUUUAUCGCUCAAUUAGUUGAAUCAUCGGACGACGCGCGAACGCAUGCGACAGAGAUCCUCACACAAUGUUUAACAGUGACAAGAAGGACAUGAAGGAUUUUGCUGGAACGGGGGGCUUCGCGCCCACCCAGAGUGGCCCGCCCACGGCACCGCAGUACCCGUGGCCCCAGGUACCGGCGGACUUCUACCACGCGCGCCCCGAGGGCGCCCAGAUGUGGGGCCCGCCGCCGAGCUACGAUCAUGUGAUGCAGCAGAACAUGCCCGUCUACCCAGCGCCCCAGGGCGCCUUCGCCAGCGUGCCGCCCGGCAUGCCCGCGUACGCGCCCCAGCAGGUGCCCGGUGCCAUCUAUCAGCCACCCUUCGCUGCCCCACCCACAUUCCAGCCCGUGCCCGCGGGCCCGCCUCCUGGCAUUCCCGCGUUCGCGCAGCAGCCGCAGGUGGCGCUCUUCGACCCCGGCGCCCGCUUCGGCGCCCAGGGCUCCUUCUCCGUGCCACCCCCGCCGCCCGGCUACGCGCCCUCGGCCGCCCAGAUGGCCGCCAUGCAGGGACAGCCCGUGCAAGUGCAGAAGCCAAAGAACAACUUCUUCACCGGCGGCAAGGGCGCCGGCUUCACAUUCUGGUGACUUCCCGGAACGUCUGAGGAGAAUCUCCGUACACGUGUUUUCCAUGUCUUCUCUCCUCCCUUUUAUUUUUUUUCUGAAUAGAUAAACCAUUAUUUUUGCGCGCUCCUUAUCGCGAACGGAUUCUGAAUAUGAAAUAAAAUUUAUUGAAUUUUGCGCCUUCAA